AUGAUGAGUCCUAUGAAAGCAAUGAAGAAGCUAUCGAUUGAUGGCGGUAAUGACAACACUCUCCCGAUGCUCACUACCGAGGACAACAUGAAAAACAGGCUUGUGUCGAUGCUGGGAGAGUUUGUUGGCACAUUCUUGUUCCUGUUUUCAGCAUUUGCCGGAACACAGGUUGCCAACAUGUCUCCAGCCCCCAUAACAUCGGAGCCAAACUUACCAGCCAUCAUUUUCAUUUCCCUCUCCUUUGGCGUCUCACUGACAGCGAACGUGUGGGCUUUCUACCGUGUCAGUGGAGGCCUAUUCAACCCAGUUGUCACUCUCGCACUAAUGCUCUGCGGCGGCUUGCCAAUCAUCCGUGGCCUUCUAAUUCUACCGACUCAACUCGUCGCCGGAAUCGUCGCUGCUGGUCUUGCUUCUGCCAUAUUUCCAGGUCAUCUAGCAGUUGAUACCGUUCUAGACGGAGGGACAAACACCGCGCAGGGCUUUUUUAUCGAGCUAGCUCUCACAGCCCAGCUUAUUUUUGUAAUUCUUAUGCUAGCUGUUGAGAAGCACCGAUCAACAUUUUUGGCCCCCGUCGGAAUUGGUGUGGCAUUCUUCCUCUCAGAACUUGUUGGCGUUCACUUUACUGGUGGCUCAUUGAAUCCCGCCCGAUCUUUAGGGCCUGCUGCCGUGAACGGCAAGUUUCCUGGCUACUUCUGGAUAUACUGGCUUGGCCCCAUACUAGGGUCGCUUCUGGCCUGCGCGAUGUAUACUCUGUUGCGUUGGUUGAGGUACUACGAAGUCAAUCCCGGCCAAGAUGGCGAUGGAAAAGAAAUGGAUGUCGAGGCGAUGUCACCGGUAGUGACUAGAUAA